AUGCCUCUCAUGUCAGCCUUCAGACCACCAUCUACACGAGGUUCUUCUGUCCGACGCAGAUCACGACCCCGCCGCAGGAGAGCCAAGAGAGAUAAUCACCCUGAUUUGGAUACAGAUGAUCAAAGUAAUGAACAAGAUGCCCAUUCAAUCAUCACGCCGUCGAAGCAUACCCCACGACCCCUCCAGAUACUGCGGGGCUCGGUAGCUGCAGGUGGGCCGCUGCGACCAUUUCGCUUGAUAAAACAAGACAUCGUGAAUCUACGCGGACGAUAUGUAUCUGAUUGGACUGUAUUCAAUCAGUUGAUAUUUGCAAGCGCCGUCUAUGUUUUCUUCACAAAUCUGCUACCUGGGAUCACUUUUGCUAGUGACCUAUAUGUGUUGACCGGCAAGAGCUGGGGCACUAUUGAAGUGGUACUGAGUACCGGGCUUUGCGGCAUCAUUUUUUCACUCUUCUCAAUUCAACCCCUCACUAUUCUCGGUGUAACGGGUCCAUUUUCCGUCUUGGCUGAGAACAUCUACUCUCUAUGCGAGGAUGCAUUCAAGAUUCCAUUCCUGCCAUUCAUGGCAUGGUCCUUAAUUCAUUCCGCAUGGCUACACUACAUUUUAGCCAUUAUAAACGCCCACGACUGGACUAUGCGCUACGUCACAACAUUCGCAACGGAGAUAUUUUCCCUCCUCAACAGUAUCAUCUACUUUCAUAAAGCAAUUCAAGAACUACAAAGAGCACACGCGGAUCUCUCUUUCGCUGCUUUUCUCUACGCGAUAAUAGGCGCCGUCGGUACUAUGCUUCUCGCAAUUUUCCUCUCGACGGCCGAGAGUUGGAAGCCGUUAUUCCACCGAUACAUCCGUCUCGCGCUGACGGAAUACGCCGCUGCGAUUUCAAUCAUCAUUUUCAUUGGAUUGCCUUAUGUGGGUGAACUAGCUCAGCUAGAUAAGUCGACAUUAGCCGUCAGCGCCUCGUUUCGACCAACAUCGCCAGAGAGAACUGUCUUCUUCGUGGAGUUUUGGAAACUGCCGCUCAAGUGGAUAUUUGGUGCUAUUAUCCCAGGAUUGAUCAUUACAAUUCUUUUCUUCUUUGAUCAUGAAGUGAGUUCCAUUAUUUGCACAAUUGAUCGAUAUGGAACUCGCAAGCCGGGCGGCUUUGCUUGGGAUAUUGUCUUGCUAGGGACCACGACGGCUUUAUGUGGAAUUCUAGGGAUUCCACCUGCCAACGGUCUUCUCCCACAAGCACCGCUGCAUUCUGAGUCUUUGAUGCAUACUGUAAAGGAAGAGAAUGUGGUUGUCGUUGAUGGAGAGGAAAAAGUUGAGAAGCGGAAUGUUCGUCGAGUGUACGAGCAGCGCUGGUCUGCUUUCUUACAAGCAGGCGCUAUUCUUCUAUUCAUCAGUCCACCAUUCAUGAAAGUGCUCGGCUUGACACCAACGAGUGUUCUGGCGGGACUUUUCCUAUUCAUGGGUGAGCAGAGCUUGUCUGUAAAUCCCAUACUCUAUCGCACAUUCUAUCUUCUUACUCCUCCAUCGGAGUUGCCGCCACUACCUCAGUCUUUACACUCUCGGAGCACCGAGGCCUCGGAUAUCACGUCCGAUGAGCCGCCUCGGAAUCCAUCCUAUCUUCCAAUCCACCUGUAUACAAUCCUACAAAUCGUCACUACUGUCAUCAUCUUCAUUGUCACAUUGACACAAGGGGCACCGGCUUUCCCAGUUUUGAUAAUUGCACUGGUGCCAUUCCGGUUACUGGUGAUGAAGAGGUGGUGGCCACGAGAAGUGCUCCGUUUCGUUGAUGCAUGGGCAUGUCGAGAAGGCACGCCCGAAGAUGAUGAAGACACGGAGACAACUGAAAGAGCUGCGAUGCAUGACCAAGAAUGGGUUGAGCUUCAAGAAAGACAAUUUCCAAAUGAUGGAAUAAUGAAUAGAUAG